GGUGGGUAGGUCAACAUUUGCUAUUUUCAAAGAUAGGAGUGAUCACCCGCGUUGCUCACUCGUUAGCUUAUCCGGGCUAACCGGUGAAUUAGCCUCGUUAGCACGAGGAGCUAACAGCUGCCAGUCGCUAUUUGACAUUCCCUUUGGUGCCUAUUUACUUAGCUUAACUCACUUUCAGUUGACACGGCACGACAGGUUGAUCCGUCGCCACAGCAGCCGGGGGCUUCCGAUUGGCUGCUUGCUUCUUCGAUUCCGUGACCCACCGGCCGGAUAGACCCCGGAUUGGUCGCCGCUCGACCGUGGACGCGCAAGGGACCGGUCACCGGUCAAUCGCAAGAUCUGGGUAAACGCAUCGUCACCCCCAAAUGUCCCAUCGGCACCUCCGAGUCAGGCACGGCGACACGAGCUAGCGGAGGCUGGCAUGCGACAGUGGCCCAGCGCGUCCGGGUGGCGGCGCCGCUGAGCGAGACAUGGACGAGUUCGGCAGCAGGACUUACGGCACCAGCGGCCUGGACAACAGACCGCUGUUCGGCGAGACGUCUGCACGGGAUCGCAUCAUUAACUUGGCAGUGGGAGGAUUCACGUCUCUGGUUGUGCUGGUGACGGUGAUCAGCUCCUUCGUUUUCCCUUCGUUGCCUCCGCGGCCGCUCAACAUUUUCUUUGCCGUCUGCAUCCUGCUCACCUGCGGAUCCGCCAUUUUGCUGAUCUUCUGGUACCGCCAAGGCGACCUGGAACCCAAGUUCCGCAACCUGAUCUACUACAAGCUGGCGUCCAUCGUGUUGCUGUGUCUGUGUGCCAACCUCUACUUCCACGACGUCAGGUGAAGGAGUCCCGGACGCACUUCAAGACGCGCAAUAAACGUCCACUUCUUGUCCAGCACCUGUUUUGCGUCAGUUCAAAUGGCUAUGGAGGUUGAAGGACCAAAUGCCUUUGGGUGUUGGACCAUAACGAUGCAACUUUAGUUUUUUUUUCUUGCCCUUCCACACAUUCCAGCGGGUAGCUUAGCAGAGCUGACACAUUUGCACUAAUCACAGGCUCAAGUUCAACGUCCGCGUAGCCUCGUGAUACUUUGUAAAAAAAGAACCGAGACCUCGUACGACACUUAUAUUGGGUUUUGACCAAAACGCCCGUGAGGGGUUUUAUGUUUGAUACUUUUAACAUGUUCCCCACCUGAAGAAUAAAGCUCACCACGACUUUCGGAUUGUCAACACAAUGUUUUUCUUUUGUUUGUAUUUAAUAUUUGACUGAAUAAAUACAUGAAGUAAAA